AUGUCCGACUCUAGCCAUGCGGGCCUCCAUCCCGCAGUCGUCGAGUCCAUCGCCGGCCUCAGCGCCGGCACCAUAGCGACACUGGUUGUGCACCCUCUGGACAUUGUCAAGACGCGCAUGCAAAUCUACCGCAGCGUUAGCGAUCCCCUCUCCAAACCGCCCACGACCGUCCGCCUCCUCCGCUCGCUCACCGCGAACCCGCGACCGAUUGCCUCGCUGUACCGCGGCCUGACGCCGAACCUCGUCGGCAACGCCAGCAGCUGGGCGUCCUUUUUCUUCUUCAAGUCGCGCUUCGAGCGACUCCUCGCCCAGCGCCACGGCACCGCCGCCAAUGACGAGGUACGCCCCUCGGCGGGCGACUACUUUGUCGCCAGCGCCCUCGCCGGCGCGGCGACCUCGGUGCUCACCAACCCCGUGUGGGUGCUCAAGACGCGCAUGCUGUCCUCGGACCACGGUGCGCAGGGCGCGUACCCGUCCAUGACGGCCGGCGCGCGCACCAUCCUGCGCACCGAGGGCGCGCUGGGCUUCUACCGUGGGCUGGGCGUCUCGCUGAUUGGCGUCCUGCACGGCGCCGUGCAGUUUGCCGUUUACGAGCCGCUGAAGCGCGCCUACUACGGCCGUCGGCUGCGCCGUCGCGGCGUCGCCAGCCAAGCGUCGCCUAUGAGCACCGAGGCCACCGUCGCCAUUUCAAGCUGCGCCAAGCUCAUCGCUGGCGCCGCAACGUACCCCUACCAGGUGGUGCGCAGCCGCCUGCAGAACUAUCACGCCGACGAGCGCUUCGGCCGCGGCGCGCGGGGUGUCGUCGCCCGGAUCUGGCGCGAAGAGGGCCUGCGCGGGUUCUACCGGGGCGUGGUGCCGGGCGUGGUGCGUGUCAUGCCGGCGACGUGGGUGACGUUUUUGGUGUACGAGAAUGUCAAGUUCCAUCUACCUCGUUGGGUAGCAGACGGGGCAUGA